AUGGGAGAUUUCAACGCCCCACACACAGCAUGGGCGUAUCCAAAUACCACUAAGAAGGGAGCCCGCGUACACAAUACUGCCCAACAACACAGGCUGACCCUCUGGAACGACCCGCUACAGGCCACGAGAGUCGGAAACAGUGUCUCCAGGGACACAAACCCGGACCUAACCUUCACAUCGAACGUCCUCUGGGCCGAGUGGAGCCGACUCUCGGAGACGCUCGGAAGCGACCACCACAUUCUCCAACUUGACAUCGCCCACAACCGGAAGCAAACCAAGACUGGAGUUGCCCGACUAACAGACUGGAAGUCUUUCAGAGACAACCUCAGCGGCAACACAACAAUCGACGACAUUGACCAUUGGCUCAAGGGCCUUCUCAUCACCGCAGAACACCACACUAAGAACAUCCAACUAAGCACCAACAGCCCCGCAGCCCAAGAUUACGCGGAGCAGCUUAUUAGGCAAAAUUGGCACACCUUUUGUGACAGCCUACAAGGAACACUCAGCACCAAGAAAACCUGGCACCUCCUCCGCGCUCUCUUAGCUACCGACCGCACCAAAAUGCAACAACGGCAAGAUCUGCGCAGACUAAUCCACAACCACGCUGGAUCGGAGCAUGAUAUCCUUCGUGAACUUCAGCAGAAACUUAGCUGCGACAAGCCCAUUUCGUCGGUGAGCGGCAAGGCGUACGACGGCGCACCAAACCCAGACCUUGAUCGACCAUUCACGCAGGCAGAGCUCCACGCAGCCUUAGCCAAACUCACUAGAAACACUAGUCCCGGCAAGGACAGAAUCACUAAUAAGCUCCUACGCAACCUUCCGCAGUCGGCCGCAACAGCACUACUCCAGUACUACAACGACUGCUGGGAAAAGGAGGACCUACCAGCAGCCUGGAAGCAUUCGGAGGAUGUACUCCUGCUCCUCAAGGAAGACCUGCUCGACUACCUUGAUCGCAGACGCAAAUCAUCAAUACUGGCAGUCGACGUAAAGGGCGCAUUUGACAACCUGAAAAGUCGGAGCUUCUCGUGCUCAGAGCACGGACGCGAGGACGACCGCCCAACUAUAUCGAACCCGAUCCUAGCGUCUUCCUCAACGGAACCCAAAUCCCUACAGUCGACUCCCUUCGCGUACUCGGUCUUCACAUCCACAAAGACGGAUCAGGAGCGGCCACUCUUCCGCGUCUCCAACGUACACUGUCACAAGUUACGCACCUUGUCAAGAGGAUAA